CAAAACAUGGUGUCUUAAUACAAAUAAUGCCGACAUACUGAAAAUUUUACCAACAUAAUAAUUAUUUUGACAUGUGAUUUUCAAGAAUGCUAUCAAUAAUUGCACCGCUAGGUUAAAUGAUACGCAAAUAUGGUAUUGUACUUGUUUAUUUAUUAUUUGUACAAAUUCCAACCUGAAAGUGGUUAGCAGGCCAGGGUGAGGGUGCAAGGCCUCGAAUAUCACAGUUUGUAAGUCUCAGAAAGUCUUUGAUCAGUCUAGACGGACUCCCAAACGGAGUCAACGGAAGUGAAUUUCUGCAGGCAUUUUGGACUCCGUUUUGGGAGUCUACGCAUGCGCACUGGUACAAAAUAUGGCGAUUUUUCGAUGAAAACAUGGGGUCAACAAGAAAUCGUCUUGCAAAGAGCUGCAUGUGUUGGCAGCCUUCUAACAUGUUUUAAAAGACCCAGGAUAUAAUUUACUAUCGAUCGUAUUUGCACGAAAUAGGGGUUUAUUUGCACUUAAGAAAGUUAUUUCUCUUCGAAGUUGGACGUUUGGACGAUGCUUAAAAAGUGAUAUUUCUGUGUUUUUCAUGGAAUUUUAUCGUUAAUAAAAGUGAGUAACCUGUGAACUUCAACAUGAGUGAUUGCCUCCUGGUUGCCGCCAUAGAUUUUGGCACCACCUAUUCCGGGUAUGCCUUCGGAAUGGUCGGGGACUUGGAAAAUGAUCCAAUGAAAAUCCACGCCAACCAAGCCUGGGUGUCAGGACAGAAGAAUUUACUUUCCCUCAAAACCCCCACAUGUCUCCUGUUAGAUGAAAAUCAGCAGUUUAAGUCGUUUGGGUAUGAGGCGGAGAACCAUUACAAUAACAUAAUGAUGGACGAGGAAACAGAGAACUACUAUUACUUCUACAGAUUUAAAAUGAACCUUCAUGAAAACGAGGAAUCACUUGAGACCAUGGAAUUAAAAGAAGCAGGUGGGAAGACUCUACCAGCCAUUGCAGUGUUCACUCUGUCAAUCAAAGCUCUCAAGGAUCAUUUGCUAGACAUGCUCGAUACAAGGGGCACAACUCUGCGAGCUGAGGAGGUGUUGUGGGUUCUGACUGUUCCCGCCAUCUGGACAGACUCCGCCAAAUUCUUUAUGAGGAAGGCAGCUCUCAAAGCUGGUAUAGGAGAUGAUCGUCUGAAGUUGGCUUUGGAGCCAGAAGCGGCCUCUAUAUAUUGCCAGCACAUACACGUGGAUCGGUCAACAGAACAGCGAGGGUUCGGGGUAUCUGCUGUAGGUACCAGAUAUAUGGUGAUAGAUCUUGGAGGCGGCACUGCCGACAUAACUGUCCACGAAAAGCUAGAUGAAGGUCUGCUGAAAGAGCUCUACAAGGCAAGCGGUGGGGCGUGUGGCGGAACAGCUAUGGACUCGAAAGUACUGGGUGUGUUGGAGGAAAUCGUGGGAAAUGAAGUUUUCAGUGAGUUUAAGAGGAGAUAUGUAGAGGGAUACAUGGAUCUACUUAGGGAAAUCGAGGUCUUCAAAAGAAACAUUAAGCCUGAAAGCGACGGGAAAAUUAACAUGGUUAUACCUUAUGUAUCCCUUGACGAAAUCUGUCUCAAAAUGCGAAAUAAGCAUUUCAAGGACCUCUUUGCGGAAUCUUCUAUCUGCAAGCACAUCUCUCUCACUGCGGACAAACUUCGUUUCAGUGCUGACUUUGCAAGGCAGCUUUUUACGUCCAUUACGAAUCAGAUUGUCGAGUACAUAAGGGUCAUCUUACAGCACCCAGAAGUGGAAAGCGUGAAUCGGUUCCUGUUGGUUGGAGGUUUUUCUGAGAGUCCAAUGGUGCAGCAUGCCAUCAGAACAAAUUUUCCUGGAAAACGGCUGAUCAUUCCUCAGGAUGCGGGUUUAGCUGUUGUAAAAGGCGCGGUUUUGUUUGGUCAUAGACCAACAAGUAUCAAAAGCCGAAUCAUUAAGUAUUCAUACGGAGUGAAAACUACACCCGUGUUCGACCCGAUGGUUCAUGACCCCAAAAAGCGAUGUACCAUAGACGGCGUAGACCGAUGUAAGAAUGUGUUCAGUUCCUUCAUGAAGUCGGGCACCCCAGCAGAAAUUAAUCACGAAGUUGAGAAAAAGUAUCAAACUAAUGAACCGUUUCAGAAAACUGUUCCACUUGACUUGUUCUAUUCGAUAGACGAGAAUCCAAAAUACAUUGACGAGAAGCGUGUACGUAAUCUAGGUAAAAUGGACGUAACUCUUCCAAAUCCGAGCAAAAACCCUAGGAAAGUGAAAGUUAUGUACAUUUUUGGCGAUACGGAACUGAAAGUAAAGGCCGUUGACAUGGAGACAGGGACGUCUUGUGGAACCUCCAUUUCGGGAGUGUGUUAAGGGUGACCUGAAAAAGAAUUUACCUUCCAGUAAAUUUUGGUGUCGUUCUGAUCUUAUGUUCCAUCAUCCUCUAGAAGAAAAGGGCAUAUUAUUAUUUUAAAAAUGUCGUCCAAUCAAUAUCCUGGACUUAUUUGUUUGAUAGCCGGUAUUGCCGAAACCCAUGGUACGACUGACCGUGGAACAACUCGUGGAUAUAUUCCUCGUUUUCAAGAAUAAUUUAUGCCCUAUUUCUUAUUGGUUCCUUCACACUUUUGUGAGGAAAACCUCCCCAAUCGCAAGAUUUCAUAACAUGACUUUUGUUUUCGUAUCUCUAAAAUCUAUAGAAUGUUGUUCUCUCAUUGGUGCAUGGACUGCGAAUAAUAAAUAUCUACUUCGAUUUCCGAUAUCAAAAUGAAUUGUCCAACAAUAUCUAGAUCUAGGAAAAGGAGGACACAUAUUGGCGGGCAAUUUUAAUUGGAGAUAAAUUUAUAUAUUAAAAAUUGUUUCAAAAAGUA